AUGGCGGACGUCCGCGACUUUACCGAGGACGUCGCGCAGAACGUGCCGACGGUGCCCGUGCUGCUCGGCUCGACGCGCCGCACGCGGGUGCUGCUCACGGGCGUGCACGCGGCGACCGCGCUCGCGUUCGCGCUCCCGGCCUCGCGCAACCCGUACAUCGUGUUUGGCGCGGCGUACGCGGGCGCGCUUGUGUGGAUGCUGGACGAACAUAGCCCGAGGGCGCGCUUCCGCUGGAGCUUCCACUCGCAGACCGUCGUAGGCGUCGUGUGGGCCGCGGCGCAGGCCGCGCGCAGGUGGCUCGGGGCGUGGGAGAAGGGGAUGGCGUACUGGCAGAAGCGUAUCAGCCGGCGCCAAGAGUGCACCCAGAAGCCCCCCGAUUCUCUGCACGCAAGCGAACCCGAGGGCCGACUACGGUCGCCGAGAACGCAGGGCGCGCGGCGCGUCGAACUGCGAUUGCGUUUGCCACUGGGAGCGGGCGCGCUCUCACGCGGGGCCACCCCCGAUGUGGACCCAGCGCAGACGGGCGGCGGACACAGCGUCCGAGCCCGCGCACGCGUGCUCGAGGACGCGGGUGCUAGUCUGGCUUCGCCCGAAAUGCCUGUUUGGCAGUCCCCGCCAUCUGUCUGCCGCACACGCUCUGUCAUCCUGCGUGAGCCCGACGACCCUUGCAUCAUUCGCAGCGCCUGCGUUGCUGCCCCCGCUGUUCCCAAGGCCGAUGUGUUCGGGCCCGACGGCGAGGCGUCAUGCAUGCCAUGA